CCUGCGUUGUCCCCAAUGAGCACCGACGCGUCCGACAGUGUUGCCUUCCACCUCUACCUCGACCCUUCGCAAGACGGCCUCGGCGACGGCCCAGAGCGGCAGCUGGCGCGGUGCCGCGAGGCGCGAGAUGCGUGGGCAGCGCAGCUGCUGCCGUGGCUCGCCAGCCACGUCUGGGAGCGAGAGCCGCUCCAGCUGUGGGUGUGGGACCCUGCCGACUCGCGUACGCACGGCCGUGGCCGCCGCGGCGGCGGCGGCGACGAAGACAGCCCUGCCGAGGAGGCUCACGUGUGGGGUCGUCUCUCGGUGGGCGGUUCAGUGCAUGACGAGUGGGUUGUGGUGGCGGCGCUGCUGCGCCUCACGGGCAGCGAGGAGGGCGUGAGCGCCACGCUGCGCGACGGCGACGGCGAGCUGCUGCUCAUCGAGGCUGCGUACUCGCUGCCCGACUGGCUGACGCCGGAGAAUGCGCCCGACCGCGCCUUCCUGCGGGGAGGGGCGCUCCACCUGCUGCCUCCCUCGCCCGAAGACGAGAGGCGAGGCUCGGCCGGUCCCCUCUCCGCCUCCGAGGGCCUGAGCCGGCUGCGGAGGGUGUGUGCGGGGCUGCGGUGCGGCGCCGCGGUGCGGGUGGGAGGCGUAGCCUCGCGGCCGGAGCUGAACGGGCGGAGAGGCACCGUGGUCGUCGAGGAGAGCGAGGCGGGGCGGCUGGGAGUUCGGGUGGAGGGGCUGGAAGAGGCGAGUCUGCACCGCCGCGGGGAGGAAGCCCCGUCUGCCUGGCUGACCCACCCCUGACGGAGGACCGGUGUGGACUUCUCUCAGGCCCUCUCCCUCCACCGGCGAUCCCUCUCCCUCGUCGCGGAGGGCGCGCC